AUGAACCCAUUCGAUCUACCGGAACCUAAAAUUUCAGAUUAUUAUACAGACCUUGGAUUGACACAACAAGCAAGCUUUCGGGAUAUCAAACUAGCAUUUAUUAAAUUGGCCAAAAAGCAUCAUCCUGAUAAAAAGGCGCCGGGAAAGUCUAUUGACGCUCAAGAUUUCCGCAAGGCUAGUCUUCAAAACCUAACUAACCUUCCGUCUUCGACUCAGAUUCGGGAAGCGUUCGAAUGUCUCUCCGAUGAGGCAAAGCGUGCGGCAUACGAUGCACUUUAUUUCGACCUCCAAGACCAGUGGACGAGUUUCCGGGAAUGGCAAGAAACUCAGCGCAAGGAUAAAGAGCAGAAACGAGCCGACGAGGAGCAGCGUGCUGCCAGAGAAAGAGCCGAACGAGAGAAGAAGGUAGCAGAAGCUGAGAAAGCAAGGAGAAUGGAAGUGGAUAAACGAGCCGCCAGAGAGAAAGCGGAGCGUGAGAGGAUUAAGGCGGAGAGAGCGAGGCAGGCUGAAGAGCGUUCUCAGGAAGCUGCACGAAGAGCGCAAGAACAGCAAGAGCAGGCGGCGAAAGAGAGGCUACGCAAAGAGAAAGAAAGGGAAGCAGAAGAGAGGUUGGAAGCAGUGGCAAGGAAAAUUAGGAUCGAGCAGGAAAGAGCGGCGCAGGAACGACUAAAGAUCAUUUUGAUCGAGGAGCGACAGGACGCAAUUCGUCGCAACUGGGCAAAGAUGCGAGAAGUGGCAGAGCGUCGAGAAAGCGAGCCUGCGCCUUUAGGGUCUUCUGAGUGCGCCCAUCCACAUUUCGGCUGGCCGAGGAAGAAUGGCAGGGCAAGCUGCGUGUUCUGCGGGGAGGCCCGCCGAAAAUGGUCAUUUCACUGCCCAGAGUGCAAUGUAUCAGCUUGUCCGGGUUGUAAAUAUAAAUAUUGCGUAUAUUAA